GGGUUGCAGUUCUGGCACUCAGGAACAACAGCAUUGCAUUUUGAGGCGACUUGUUCGAUGAAUGCCACAAGCGUCCCAUUGAUGGCAAAACCAACUCGUCCGCGUCCCGAGAAUGAGCUGGACACGCAGGAAAGCCAAGAGGUCGACAUCGAAGAUCUCAUGCAUUCCUUGGGGUCGUUCCAAGCGGUGCUGCUCCCGGUCACGCUGACCAUGCUCUUGUCGAGCUUUGCAUCGAUCUUCAUCCGAGACCCCGACGCCGCCGCGCAGAUGGCCCAAGCGUAUCUUGUGUACAAGCCUGAAGAUGGAGACUCGGACAGUACCCUUCUUGGCCAUGCUUUCGUGAACGCGUUGGCGAUUGUCAGCUUUUUCAUCGUCGCGACGUUUGUGAUUGUCAUUUGCUACAAGUUCAAGUUCACCAACUUCCUCGUCGGCUACAUGUUCCUGUCGUCCGCGGUGCUGCUCGGGUUCCUUGGCGGGCGGUUGACUGAAGUCGCGUUGGACAACUUGCGCAUCCCCGUUGACGUGUGGUCGUACUGGUUGGUCAUGUACAACUUUGCGGUCGUGGGGGUUCUGGCCAUUUUCUACCAAAAGGGAGUCAACAUGUCGUUAACGCAAUCGUACUUGGUUGCGGUGUCUGUGAUCAUGGCGUGGCAGCUGAGCAAGUUCCCCGAGUGGACAACGUGGGCCCUCGUGGUCGUGCUGGCCUUCUACGACCUCUGCGCCGUGCUCACCCCUUGCGGGCCGCUCAAGUGCCUCGUCAACCUCAUCCAGCAAGAAGGCCGGCCACUACCUGGACUCUUGUACGAGGCCGAAGUCCAGCGUACGUUUCACUCCACGGGAACCGCCGAGGCCAACGCUGCGUAUUACCAACGAGGACAGCCGCUCCCCGAGCUAGACGGCGCGCCGACUGCCGCCGCCGGUGGCACAUGCACGUUUACACGCCGCCGGUCCCGUCCCGACGACGACGACAGCCAAGAGCCACUGCUUGCGUCGGACAAAGGUGUGCCGGCCAAGUUGCCCCUCCGGGAUCGCCUUGUCGCGUUCUACCAUGAAUACAAUCCAUCGGCCAUCGACCGAAUCGACCAAGUGCUUGCCCUGUACGAAGGCCGGGAGCGCGACCUGUGGACCGAUCUGGCGGCCAAAUAUGGUCACGACGACGACGAUGACGACGACAACACGAUCAAGUUGGGGCUGGGGGACUUUGUCUUUUACAGCGUGCUGGUGUCGCGCGCGGCCCUAUUCGACGUGUCGGCCAUGUUUGCGUGCCUUGUGUCGAUCCUCAUGGGUCUGGGCAGUACGCUGUUCCUCUUGAGCGUGUACAAGAAGGCGCUGCCGGCGCUUCCGAUCUCCAUCUUGCUUGGAGUGGCCAUCUACCUGUGGGUGCGGUUUGUGCUUGUGGAUUUUAUGGACCAGCAACUCGUGCUGUUGUAACCAGACGAUCGAUCUCGUGUGGUCUCAUAGUACGACUGUAUUCGAGGCAGAAUAAUAGAGAAUAUAUUACGGUGGAUUCAUAGAUCAUAAUGCAUAUGGCACACUUGCUUGGGGUCAUGCUGCACUACUGGCGUUGCUCGUGGAUGUGCGGCUACUGUUGGCUUGGUUCGCUUUACUGGCAUGCCAACUCGGUAACGACACGCCAAACCCGUGCCCAUAUCGAGCAGGAAGGGUAACGACUGGUUCGCGGCGCUGGCCUCGGCUUUUCGGACUCACAGCGUCGUCGUCGCUACUGCGGGUGGCGAUGUGUGGACUGGCACUCGUGCCAGUGCUGGAUAAUGUGACCAGUCGUGCAGUGCACCCAUUUGCAGGAGACGCAUCAGCUGUGGUGGUCUUGUGUGUGGAGGUCGUCGUCGUACUCUCGGUCAUGUCAGUUGUGUUGUGAUCGCAUGCCUUGAUUACAACUCCGUCCCAUGCUCAGAUUGUGCCGGUGUGGACCAAAUGUCUGG